AUGGCUUCCAUCCUCCGCGUUGCCACCUCCGCCUUCACGUUAACCUCGACGCUCCUUACCUUUGCUCUUGUCUUCUCAGCGGGUACUACUCAAAGCUCUGGCCAAUGCAGUAUAAAUGAUCUCGAAACUUCUUAUCCAGGGCCAGUAGCCGCAGAUGGCUGGGCAUAUCGACUUAUAGCCUCCGAUCUCUCCCAGCCGCGGGGUAUCUUAUUUAAUACCGAGGACGCUCUUCUCGUAGUUGAGCAGGGUACAGGUCUAGUGCAUCUUGAGUUUGAGGACCAAGGGCAAACAUGUCUGCCAGUGCGCAGGCAGACAACGUUACUUGAGAAUGAGGGUCUAACCCACGGAAUUGCCCUCUCCGAGGAUGGCCGUACUCUCUACGCUUCCACCCAACGCGAUGUCUACUCCUGGCCCUACGACCCUUCCGGUCCCAGUCUCAGCACCACGUCCCGCCGCACCCUUGUCACCAACAUGGGCAAUCCGGGCAGUCACUCAACCCGCACUCUCCUCCUCUCUCGCAAUCACCCCGAUAUACUGGUUGUCUCCCGUGGCAGCGACGAAAACGAAGAUGACGGUGCCCUCGACCGCUCCACCGGUAUCUCUCAAAUUCGCGCGUUCAACAUCUGUGCCCUCAUUAAUGACGAUGAUUCUUAUGACUACACUGAUGGUGAUCUUUUAGGCUGGGGUCUACGAAACUCAGUCGGUGUCGGCGAGCACCCCGAGACCGGCGGCAUCUGGUCCGUUGAGAACUCGGUAGAUGGCCUAUCCCCUCGAGGUCGCGAUAUUCAUGCCGAUAAUCCCGCUGAGGAACUCAACUUUCACGGUUACCUCAACGGUUCCGAUGCGAACCUUGGCGGGAACUAUGGCUAUCCUCUUUGCUAUCGAAAACUUCCCAAGUCUGGGCGACCUCGCGAUCGCCUAGGGAACCGCGAAGUCCCUGUAGGUUACGAUGUCUCCUACGUCUCCUUCGACAACAGGCGCCCCUCGGCCCCUCAAGAUAGCACUAAUGCCACCAUCUCCAUCAUCUAUAACAUCGACCUGUCCAACUGUCCGAGCGACUGCUUCCGCCCUGUCGGCCUCGCAUGGGACUCGACAGGGCGUCUGUGGCUCAGCUCUGACAGCACCGGCGAGAUCUUUGUCCUAAACUACGAGGGCAAUGACUCCUCCGACGAGGGUGACAACGAUGGUAACGGGAGGGGGGGGCGGAGGCAGUGA